CUGCAGGUUAAACAGGUGAUCCGAAUGAGGCUCGGAGCGAAACUUUGUCAAACUUUUCUCGGCUGUGAGGGUGUGGAGCUGCUGACACCCUGUUUCUGUCCUUUGUUCCGAACAAAACUGCAGCUGAAAUCAGAGCAGAGCAGCUUUAUUCUCUGUAACCGAACUCCUGCUGCUCUGAACCGGUCCGACUCCUCCUGAAGGGGAAGUGAAGGUCUGACCUGCUGAAGUUCUCCAACUCGCUGCUAGCUGCUGUGUGUUUAUUUUGUGUUUCUCUGACUCCACACUGAGAAUGAACAUGUUCAGAAGAGAAAAGGCCCCGACGGCUCCAACUCCAGUGGUUCCGCCUCGACCCAGUAAGGAGGAACUAGACAAUCCCAUCACACACCAGCUGAACAGACAGGAUGCCGAAACAGCUGCAGCCUCACAGGAAAACAAGAGCGAGAUCACGAAUGAGCUGAACCCAAAGAGCAAGAGAUCAGCAGUGAUGGGAGUUAUGCAGAAGGUCAACCCCUUCAAGUCGUCCUCACAGGCCUCCUCUUCAGUCAACAAAGCUCCAUCCUCAGAGUCGCUAGAACAGACGACAGACUCCACACAGAACCCCGGUGUGCUGAGAGGUGUCAUGCAGAAGGUCAACCCAUUCAAGUCUACCUCCCAGGUGUCUAAAGCUCCGUCUUCAGAGUCACUGGAACAAGGACGAGUUCCAGACUCAACUCAGAAUCCCGGUGUGUUCAAAGGAGUGAUGCAGAAAGUGAACCCCUUCAAGUCUUCCUCACAGGUGCCAAAAACUGAUCUUCAAGAUGACUCUGCAAACCCACAAGAAACUGGAAAAGAACCUCAUGACAGACGGAAUCCAGGGAUGUUCACAGGAGUGAUUCAGAAAGUCAACCCGUUCAAAUCCUCACAUCCAAAGGACACCCGGCCUCUACACAAUGAACUCUCAUCCAGCAGUGGAAGUCUGACAGACAAUAAUAUGCCAGAGAAGCAGAACCCUGGGAUGUUCAAAGGGAUGAUGCAGAAAGUAAACCCAUUUAAGUCAUACACACAGAUGACAGAAGAAGAAUGUCAGACAGACUGUGCAGCCAAAGCACAGGAAAACCAAAGUGUCCACAGUGAGAACUCCACCAGCUCUGAAAGCCUGGACGACACCUCAAUAGAAAGACAUUCUGUUUGGUACACAGAUGCCGAUAUCAGCUGUGAGGUAAAAACUCAGCCAGUACAGGCCCCAAAGAGAAGGAAGACUUUCAUAAUAAAGAGGAUUCUUCCCCGUGCACUCUUUGGUUCUGGAACAAAGGACUCUGCUAAUGCAUCUGCUGCCUCUGACGAUCCACCUCAGGAGGUAGUUGAAGUUCAGACGCUUGAAAUGGCCGAAGUACCAGUGCCCAGUGAAGGAACAGCCCUGGACCCUUUAGACGAUGAGGAAGGCCUGCUGGCAUGGUGGAGAACUGUAGAAGGGUGGGAUGAGUGGAACGUGGCGACUCAGGAUGGUGAGGCAGAACAAGUGGUGGAAGAAGCAGCUGAUCGUGUCUUCAUGGCAGCUCGUCUAUUCGUUCGCUUCUUCAACCAGCGUGGCGCUUCGCUCCAGCAACGCAUCCUGGAGCUCCUGGCCUUAGCCGACGCGGCCGACAACUUCCACAAGAAGACGGUCACUGCCAGCGUCGGCGGUGUGGCCAGCAUCGCAGGCUCCGUCACCACCAUCACCGGCCUCAUCCUGGCGCCCUUCACUGCAGGAACGUCGCUCAUCGUCACCGCCGUGGGCAUCGGCAUAGCGACAGCGGGGGGUGUGACGUCCGCUUCGGCCAACAUCACAGACACGGUCCACUCAAAGACGGACCGCAAGAAGGUGGAGAAGAUGAUCCAGGAUUACCAGGAGGAGAUCAGGGACAUCAAGGAGUGCCUGGACUUUUUACAGGAAGGGAUGGAGACUCUUGAUGAGUGGAACUUUGAGCAGUACGCAGACAGCAUCUCUAAAAAGCACCUCAACCAGAAUGUCAAACAUGUCAUGAAGGAAGGCGGCCGCGCUGGCAAGGCUUUGGUGAUCAACACAGAGAGUCUGAUUAGCACCAUUCAGGUCCUCAAUGUAGCUGGCGGUGCUGCCAAAGCUGCCCAGGUGAUGAGCGUCACUACCGGAGUCAUGUCAGGUCUCUUCCUGGCUCUGGAUGUGUUUUUCCUGGCAAAGGACUCCAUGGAGCUGAAAAAAGGAGCAAAGACAGAGUUUGCUGCCAAGAUCCGAGAAGUCUGUAAAGACCUCCAGGACGGACUGCUGGAGCUGAACAGCAUCAAGGAACAGCUGCAAAAGACUAUGGACGGGAUAGAGGUGGAAGUAGAGGAGGAAGAAGAUGAAGAGCUGCUGAAAUCUGAUCUGAAGAAACUCCUUGAGCUUGAAGAAUGAAGGACAGCAUUUGGAAAGCCACAAAACAAAGCUUCACUGUUACAACCCAAACGCCAAGAACAAACCGAAGAUGUUGUUUCAGCAAAAUCACUUUGGUAGUUUUUUAGCAAUCACUACUGUUACUAUGCAAGGCUGUGAAAGAGCAUCGUACUUCGAAGUAAUUGUUUUGUAGUAAUAUAUUUUAAAUAUUUAUUAUGAGUUGUUUUAAUCAAAUGUGCUACACUAUUGUAGCUGUUUGUCAUUCAGUGAACUGUUGUUACUU